UUUAAAAAAAAAAUACUGUUUGUGUAAAUUAGCGUGGCAGAGAAUAAGUUAGUACGUGAGUGUUAUUUAGAAGAGAAUUAGUAUAUUGAUUCUACAAAAGGAAGAUAAUUUUGUCUGAACAAAAUAUCAAUAACUACUGCAUUUUGGAUACCUUGAAACAUAUAAAUAGACUUUCCCUUAAGUGUCAAAAUGUGAUAUUGACUAUAUUGCUUUCACUAAUACCCUCAAUUCUGUGGGACAGUACCACACAAAACUGUAUUUUAUUUUAUUUGUAUAAACAAAAAAUAUGUACAGGUCCUUCAUGACAAUACUGAUCCUAAUAAAAAUAAUACUGCUAAUGUUAAAGUAAAAAAAAACAAUGAUAAUAAUAAUAAAGAAAUGGUAAUAUUAACAAUGGAAAAGUAACACUGAUUGAAUUUAUGAUUUCAUGCUUUCUACUUAUGCCAUACUGAACUUAAAUGCAUUGCAGUCUGUAAAUGUACGCUGUUUAUAAAUGUAUUUAACUAAUAAACACCGUGUCCAUUGCAUACUUAAUGAUACUUAUCCAAUCCUGACCAAGGUUAAAAUGGACCCAAAACAAAUCUCCCAUGUGAAAACAAAACCAAACCCUGGGGACAGACCUUUCAGCAUUGAGCCAAAAGCUCAUGUGAGGGGCCAGUGGGCCACAAAGAUGGAGUUCAUCCUGGCGGUGGCUGGACAUAUUGUGGGUCUUGGAAACGUUUGGAGAUUUCCCUACCUUUGCUACAAAAAUGGAGGAGGGGUUUUCUUCAUUCCUUAUGUUUUAUUUCUAUUCACCUGUGGCAUUCCACUCUUCUUCCUUGAGACAUCUUUGGGUCAAUUCACCAGCCAGGGUGGAAUAACAUGUUGGAGGAAUAUGUGCCCUCUUUUUGAAGGCCUGGGUUAUGGAAGCCAGGUUGUCGUUUUGUACACCGGGGUGUAUUACAUCGUCAUUCUGGCAUGGACCUUUCUCUACCUGUUUUCAUCCUUCAGAACUGAGCUUCCAUGGGUGAGCUGCAAUAACAGCUGGAACACAGUCGCUUGUUUUGAACAUGGUCACAAUGACACGCCCUCUUUUCACCUGUACGCCAACACGACAUCUUCAGUUGUUCAGUUUUGGGAGAGGAGAAUAUUGGGGCUGUCCGAUGGAAUUGACAACAUCGGAAGUGUUCGUUGGGAUCUGGCUCUUUGUCUGCUUCUUGCUUGGGUGUUGUGUUAUUUCUGCGUCUGGAAUGGAGUUAAAUCCACAGGAAAGGUGGUGUAUUUCACAGCUACAUUUCCAUACGUGAUGCUGGCAGUGUUGCUUGUCCGUGGUCUGACAUUACCAGGAGCAAAAGACGGCAUUCUUUUCUACCUCUAUCCUGACCCGUCCCGCCUCGCUGACCCAGAGGUGUGGAUGGAUGCAGGCAGCCAAAUUUUCUACUCCUAUGGAGUUUGCACAGGUGUUCUGACAUCUUUGGGAAGUUACAACAAAUACAACAACAACUGUUACAGGGAUUGUAUUUAUCUAUGCCUGCUGAACAGUUUAACCAGUUUUGUAGCUGGCUUUGCUAUUUUCUCUGUGCUCGGUUUUAUGGCAAAAGAGCAGAAUGUGGAAAUUUCCAUGGUGGCUGAAUCAGGCCCAGGCUUGGCAUUCAUUGCUUAUCCUCGCGCUGUGGCUUUAAUGCCUCUGCCUCAGCUUUGGGCAAUAUUUUUCUUUGUUAUGAUCAUCUUCUUGGGAUUAGAUAGUCAGUUUGUAUAUCAGGAGUCCUUGGUUACAACCAUCUCCGACAUGUAUCCCUUCUUCUUUCAAAAAAGCCUUCUACGUAGAUUACUUCUUCUCACAGUUUGUGCUGGAGGUUUCCUGGUUGGUCUUGUGAUGGUAACUGAGGGAGGCCUUUAUGUUUUCCAGCUGUUUGACUACUACGCCUGCAGCGGGAUGACACUUCUAUUUUUUGCUAUUCUUCAGUCUGUCUGUAUUGGAUGGGUUUAUGGUGCAGAUCGUCACUAUGAUAAUGUGAAGGACAUGAUUGGUUAUCGUCCGUGGCCUUUCAUGAAAUACUGCUGGAGGUACAUCACACCAGCUAUCUGUACUUUCACGUUUCUGUUCUCUGUGAUCAAACACAAACCUUUGAAAUUCAACAACACGUAUGAAUAUCCAUGGUGGGGAUACGCCUUGGGACUAUUCUUCACUCUCUCUUCGACGUUACUUGUUCCGCUGUGGAUGCUGUAUGCUGUGAGCAUCACUCCAGGAACACUGACACAGCGGCUAAAACAUCUCUGCACUCCAGCCAAGAAUGUACCAGCUGGCACAAUAAAGAAAGCAUCAAACCUUGAAGCAUUUCAGUCAUUCACAGACUUCUCCACACUGCGUCCAGCCAAUCAUCCACAGGAAACAGAAAACACGAUUCUGAGGUCAUCCGUAGUUUAAUCAGCCAUGUCUGUGUCUGUGUAGUCAAAAUUAUUCUGAUUCUUGGCAGAUUUAGAUUUAAAAUCUUAAGCAAAGAAGAAAAGUGUCAGCCUUGAAUAAUAGUAAUUUAUCACUCUUUAUUUCUGUUUGAUUAAAAGAUGACAUGUUAAAAAAUAUACACCUUUUUAAUAAUUUUCUAGCACUACAGUACCUAUUCUUACAUUGCUCAUCAGUUAUAAGCAUGCUGGUGAUGAGCUUCAAGUAUAUUACUUAGGAACGCCUCCUUGUGGACAUCCUAAUCCGUGGCUGUCCAACUCUAGUCCUUGAGUGCUAAAAAGUUACAUUUGAAUUGAAAAAGUCGGUCAUUAGCAUGAACCCAUAGAACUUGAGAUGGUGAGGAGAUAAAUUGGACCUGGGACACAUUUAAAAGCCGUAGGACUUUGGCUCUGGAGGAGCGGAGUUUGUCACCUUUGGUGGGAUCUUCAGCUAUCUCCACAGAUUCUCCAUCAAAUUCUAGCUUGGAUGCUCUAAAAUGUCAAUAUUACUUAUGGUCAGAACAAAUAUACUGAUAAAAUGCAAAUUUUAGUUUAAAUCUAAAUCUGCCAAAUAUAUGAAUCAUUUGGGACUAGAUCUAGCUACAAAUCCGAAGAUGAAAUGUGACAUUAUGGUUUUUUCUGCAAUAAUAGCAAAGUUCAGAUUCUUUGUAAACAAGUGGAUCAAAGGUUAAAACUAAUCCUACCUUCUAGAAAGAUAGCAAACCCCUGGAGCUACUUUUUGAAAUACUCGUUAGUCAAUUACUUGAUUGGGUCUGAAAGUUGAAAUUGAGAAAGUCAGAGUUAAUAUUUCAAGGCAAAGGAAAGCAAAAUAAAUAUAUAUUUUUAUUAGAGUUAACAGCAUGUGUAAAGAUUUACUGGAGCGUGAUUCAAAAGAAAAUAAAAUCAACUUAAAACAUUCUUUUUAACUUCAUUUUAAUUAUAUGAAGCAAUAAAAGAAAGACAUGUAAAUAUAAAAAGGACAAAUGUUCAACCCAGGUUAAAUGUCCUCCAGCACUUUAUUAAACACCGUAAGCUUGUUACAGCAAACCAGCUCUACUCUGACACUUGAAACUGUGGAAAAACUGGCCUGUAGGCAGUUCACAGCUUUAAUCACAGACAGAUUAGAGGGUAAUGUGAAACAAAACUGUUCAGCCAAUUUACACUGUCAUGUCGUGUUGCACCAGGUGCAGCUAGUGCAACAUGAAACCUUUUAAGGAGAUCCAGACUGAGAACCAGUUACUAAGACAACAAGUUCAGUCCAGAUACUAAAUACUGUGGCUAUAAAAUUAUUCAUUACUGGUUACCUACACAGCACACUAUCUUUAUCUGUAUUUAAUUUAUUCCACUGCCAAUGUGGUAAAAACAACAAAACAGAAACAAAACAAAAAAACAGCACAGUUAUCAAUCCAGAA